GUGUAACCAAAGCUGAAUGGACUUGACUUACUUUGGCUUUUAAUCUGCGGUGUAGUACCGAAACUCGUGCUGGCAGUGGCAGUUCUCCAUGGAGCGUGCCUAGAAAGGACGCUAGGAAUUAGGGGCCUUUAGUGACCCCUAUCAGCCGGCAUCAACACAACCAGUACGGCGUCGACGACCGCGCCCCGCCUUGUUUUUCUCGCGUCCGAGAUGCACCGCGCCGCCCCCAGCAACGUCCGCUUCCAGAACCUCGACGAGAUCAACAACCCGAACCUGGGGCCCACCGAGCUCUACGGCCGCACCAACGACCGUGUCUAUGCCGUGUCGGUUCAUCCGGACAGACAGGUCAACGCAGCCAUACAGCAGCAGUGGAAGGACGCGUACCCUGGCAUCACAGGCAAGCUGCUGACGGGGGCAAUGCUGGCGUUUGGCCGCGAUCCUGAGCAGGGCUCGUCAGCGUUGACAAUAGCUCAAACAACUCAAUCUUAA